CGUUUGUCGCGGACGCUCGUGCACGAUAUUUUGCAUUUUCCUCGACCUCGCACGCUCGCCGCCGCUGCAGUCACCAGUCGACAGUCGAUCGCCCCUCGUUGUUGUUCCGAUUGCAAUUUAUCUUGCGCACUGCCGCCGAGUGUAAAAGUUCGGACGAUCGCAUUAUCUAUUUCUAUCUUUUGCCCACGGGGUUUUGUUAUCCCACGGGCUCUCAGCGCCGCGUAAUUUCUGGGACGCAUGUAGCGGGAUAAACGUAUUAUAAUCGAACAAAAGAAUACCGGACGUUAUUCGUACGGUUAUUUAUUUAUUAUUAUUAUUAUUAUUUGUUUGCUGCCCGUAAUUGAUACGCACAGGUUCUUGCGCGUCCGCGAUAAACGCGUUUACACCUUGCCGUCGUUCAGCGCCGUCCAUCGCGAUCCGCAGUGAUCACCGAAAGGAACGACAUCAUAUUAUUAACCGUUAUCGCCCGGUCCACGAGAACGCGACGAGAUGAACAAGUGGUGGCUGCUCGCCACGGCCGUGUCGUUACUCGUCGUCUGCGCGGCGGACGCCAAGAAGAAAUGGAAAGCCGACGAAGACUUUGAAUUCGAAGAGGUAACGUAACAGCAAUAAUGGCCGUUAUUAAAUUGGCAAAAAUAUAGCGUUGUUCUACACGCGUUACCGACGUUUAUUUCACAGUCGACAUUGGCGCGGGGAAUCAAUGGUGCAGUGGGUAACUACGACGCUGUCGCGUUGGGGCUGCGAGAUAAUAUCAUAAUACCUUUUAUUGUAACGGGCGUACCUACGCGUUUUCGGGGGUCCAUUGUGCGCGUGCAGACUGUGCGGCUCCACCACACCGUCGCGGCGUUUUGUGUUUUCGGUAUUAUUUUGAGGUUGUGCGGCGGCGGCGGCGACGGGACCAGGUGUCCCGUGUGUGCCGCAUCUUUUCUUUGUUCAAUGCAUUUUUAUAUAUAUAUAUAUAUAUGUAUAUACAAUGCACGGUGCGCUAUUAUCAUUACAUUAUUAUUAUUGUACACAUAUUAUAAUACCACCUACCCAUUAUAAGGAUAUUGUACAGGUAAUAUAUAACGGACGUCCGUCUUUGACGGUGACAAUAAUAAUAGUAAUAAUAACAAUUCCCGGUCACAGUGCGUUUAGACAGCCGCCGUCCGAUGGCUCGAAAAAAAGACGCUUUAUUGGAUUCAGAAAUUUAGUAAAAAAAAAAAAAAAAAAACCUCACGUUUCCUCGAUGUCUAUGCCGUGUCCGCGCCACAUUACGCCUGCCAUUUGGACGAUACCGUCGUGCCGCACGCGACCUUGGCCCGAAUUUUCGAUCCUCUUUUCGCGUUUUUCUCAUAUUUAACCGUCGGUAUAACUACCCGAUUUAUCCGCGUAUAGUUAUUGUAUUUUCGGUCUGUCUACCCCGGUACCUACGUUGUGCUAAACUGCCACGACACCCUAAUAUGCCCGGUGUGUUACUGUGUGCCUGUUACUCGCGGAUUGGAAAAUAUCCAAAUACGCUCGGGCGUAACGUAAACGCCCGUACACAACUGUACGCCGCCGGUCGACAACUUUUUGUUGGUUUCUCCUCCCCCCCCGCCUCGAGAUUCCGAUUUUAUUUCAAAAAUCAAUCGGUUUUUUACGACGGACUCCUAAUAAUAAUAAUAAUUAUAGUUAUUAUCAUCGAAAAACCAUCGGCGCACCUGCCAUAAACAUUACUAACAUCACUAUACAUUUACAGGUGUAGCGCAAACUUUUACCGUUUUGUUUUUCCGCGAAAAGGACGACCGCCCCAUCAACGAAACACGCGCACAACCCUUGGUCACCGCCGUACCGUAAUACACCAUAAUACCGUAUUAUUGUACACUAUUGUACCUACCUGUAUCGGAUUGGGUACUUGUUAUUUGCUGCAAGUCGUAAAUAAUGUUCGCGGGUCAAAACAUCAUGACGCGAUUUACCAAUUGGAAAAUAGCGAACGAAUUCAUCGCGUGUCCGUCCCGCGAUAAUUAUUAUGCAUACGCAUACGUGCGUCUAGUUCGUCCCACGUUCGACAGACCGAUCGUGGGUGUCGCAUGCGCGGACCCUGAACGAAAUAGUAUCCGCAUCGAUUUCCCGAAUUGUUGUACGGCCGUAGGAUGGAUUUCCGAAAUCAAUAACGAUAUUUAUGCCGUAUCUAAAUCGUCGUUUAACGCCCAAAUUAUUUCGGUUUCCUACGAACACACCCAUAUUACGGUGUGUUAUCCUCUGGCCGUGCUAAUUAUCGUCGCGCGUUUUUCAAUACGGCCGGUGCCCGCCGCAAACCCCGCGUAUCACGUUUUGUGACAUUGUGCGUUGCUGUUGUUGUUUUUUUUCGGCCGAUUGUUAACGAUAUUUUAACAAAACAAAAUAACGGUAUUCUAGGCGAAAACGAGUGACAUCAGUUACCUACCUACAUAAACAGGUAGGUACAAUAUAACAACGUAUUAUAUUGUAUAAUGACGUAAUUCACUUUAAUGCGCCCAUAUACACGACACCCGUUUUUCAAGGUACAAAUAAAUGUAAUAUAAAAUAAUAAUUUUAACAGGUGUUUGAAAAAAAAUCCCGCCGAAAAACCGAUCGUAAUGGUAAUUAUUAAUCAUUAUCGUAUAUUAUAGGUACUAUAUAUAAUAUACAGCUUUGCGAAUGGAAAAACGUAUUCGGCCGGACGUACUUAUUAAUCGAAAAAAAAAAAAAAAAAAUACUUUUUAUAGGUAUAAUGUCUGGUAACAUAAAUACCCGUGCACGAGUAAUACGAGUAUACUUAGUAUCGGCGUAUUAUCACGCGCCGCGCACCAGCUAUUAUUGUGAUUAGGAGGUGUAACCUAACCGAAAACGAGGAAAAAAAAAAGUGUUACAUUUAGUCGAACCUUGUGGUGUUGGGGUAAAAAAAAAAAAAAAAAAAACUGCGCUCGGCGUGUCCCGCGGUGUAUCUACGCUGUACAGUAUCCGUGCACGGUGGUAUUAAACAUAAUAUUGUUAUUAUUAUUAUUGUAGAGGGAGCGACGACGUUGGGACUGGUUUUUCGUCCGUAACAGGUUUUCUAAAGACUUCACGCACAUACGUUCAAGUGUGCGUGCGUGCGUGCGUGCGUGAGUGCGUGUGUGUGCGCGUGUGUAUGUGUGUGUGUGUGUGUGUGUGUGUGUGUGUGUGUGUGAGCGUUUAGAGUAUAAUGCGCGUAGAACCACCACCACCGCCACCGCCGCCGCCGCCACCGCCGCCGCCACCGCCACCGCCACAGUUACCACCACCGCACACGUACGUGCACAGGUCAUCGCCGCCCCGAGCCGCUCUUUAUUGGUUCGAAUAAAGCUAUAAAAGGACGACAAAGACACCGGUCGCAGUCCUUUUGGCAGCCAUAGCGGGUCCUCCGUGCCAACGCGUAAUACUGUACGCGCGGUGGCUUACCCUUUUCGUUUUUUUCCCCCCUUAACACACGGUUGAAGGUGUAUAUUACCAUUAUAAUAAUGCACAGUCAGUAUAGCCGUAUAGGUACUUGCAUCGUAAUAUUAUGACGACGGGAACGGAAAUUUGGGUUCGCGCGAUGAUAUUCAUUAGUACAAUAUAGAUUUUAACUGCACUACCCAUAUAAAAAAAAAAAACAAAACAAAAUCAUUAUUUUUCAGGAAUUUCGAAUAGACGGGGCUGAGAUAUAAUAUUUUUAAUAAAGGAAUUAUUUGCAAAGUGAGCAGCGAGGUCUAUGGCCCACACCCCCGAUAGAAUAAACAUAUUUAAAUAAUAUAUGCAUUAUUAUAUACAUAAUAUAUGUGAUUAUUAUUACUAUUAUAACAUCUUUAAUUUGCAUUAUUUGGCUGUCAUGAUACGUAAAAUGAUUCAUCCGUCAAAUUUUAAUAUGGGAAAUUGUACUCAGGCACCCAGAUAUUGUUUUAAAAUAGCCAGUUCAAAUAAUUCAAUACUUUGAAUACUGUAUAAAAAAACUAAAAAUGCAGGAAAUACCAAUUGCGUGUAAGCGUUAAAAUUUAAUUACGAAUUCUGUUCAGCACUGUUUUUAAAAUACAAUAAUUUAUCAGUUAUUAUACGAUUAACAAUAGUCGUUCAAAUUAUUUAUUUUUAUAACGUUUUUGUUCUACAUACCAACAUUAUUUUCGUAAAUACGAAGACAUAUUUUUUCCAGAACUAAAUUCAUCAAGUUUGUCUGAAUGAUUACCAAUUAAUUUCUUGUUCAAAGUAGAUUUGUAAUACUUUUUUAAAUAAAAAAAAAAAAUUUUAAAUAAAUUAUUUUUAGUGGUAACUAUUUAAUUAAUAUAGACGAGGUAUAACUAGUGAUAAUAAUAAAUUAAUUCUUACAUUGGUACCUAUACAAUUAUGGAAAUCGUGAUGUGAUCAUUGCCAAGAUUCAUAUGGAAAGAAACCAGGGUCGUAUUAACUCACUUGUAGAUACUUCAAGACCUAACAGUUUUUUUUUUUUAAACAACACAAUAAUAUUAAUUUCUUAUUUCUUGGCUUGUGUGCUUCAAAGGACUCUUCCUCGACGUAUAGGUACGUGCCUAUCUACAAUAUUGUAAUUCCUGAUUGUUUAACGUAUGUUUAUUAUUUUGGUCAUUAUAGUAUUGUAGUAAUUUUUCGGAUGAAUAAAAUAAGCCAGUUUGAUAAAUAGCACGCAGUUAAGAAAUAAUCGAUUAGCUAUUAAAUAUCACGUUUUAUAAUUCUGAUGUAUUGUGUUGUGAAUUUGAAACUGUUUUUUUUUCGAAGGAAAGGAAAUAAAAAAUGUUAGAUUUUCCAAAAUAAAUUUGCACAUAGCCACAAAGUGUUUCGAAAUGACAGUUCUAGUGUAUUUUGGUCCCACAAAUAGUUUUAAACCCGUGUAGCGAAAAUACCGUUUUGUCUCGGUUGUGAAAAUGCCACAGUAUAACGCGUACCUUAUGAUGUUUGUGAUUAAAUAGGCGUAUAAAAUAUGUACAUUGAUUAGAUGUUGGUACAUUAGUAUAUAAUUUAUUCGAAAUACCUCUUGGACUAAGUUGAACUAUUAUUUUUUUUUCUAAUUGAUCUAGUUAUUAUUUGUUUUCUCUAUCUAUAUUCUACCUGUAUAUCAGGAAUUAUAGAAGGUUUAAAUGCUAUAUAAGUGUUUUACUAAACGUUGAUUUAAUCUAUAUCUGGGUAAUUUCUUUGACUAAAGCGAUAUUCGGUACAUUAAAUUUAUCAUUAGCAUUAUUUUAAGUUUAUUUGAAUUUAUUGUUGUUACCCAAAUGUUUUCUAUAUAACCUACACUCUUACUCGGAGGAGAAAACAUUUUUAAUUAAUUUUAUCCGAAAUUUUUGUUAUGUAUUUCAUUAGGUAAUUUUUUAAAAUUCUUUGUAGUUUUGUAAUAAUGUGGAUAAAAAAAAUUAAACUAAUAAUUUACGGAACAAAAUCGAUUUUUAUUAUUUUUUUUAAAAAAAAUAGUUUCUUUAAUAAAUAACAAGAUAUCUGACUAAUCAAUUAGAAAAUAGAAAAUACUACCCACCAUUUGUAUGCCUAAUUUUUCUAUACAUAGAGUUUAACUGCCGAAUAGAUUUGAGUUUUUCAUUUCAAAUGAUUUGACUGUAAGAGUGUUACAUUUUAUUAUAGGAAGGCAUAAAAUAUCCCCUUCCACUAUCCUUUAUUUUGUCAGUUCAAUACAAACGAUCAUUCGUAGUACCCAAAGCUUUCAUUGUUUAGCAGCUGUUGCCGGUUAAUUAAAAAAGACUUUUAAGGGUGUUAAAGCUAUUAAACCUUUUUUUUAAAUGUGAAGUUCAAUGACAAUUUGUCGGCAAAAUGACAUUUUUCAGCCACCAUCGUUGUUGUCUCUGAAUAAUAAUCGAUCACUGUAUAGGUAUAGACAAGUGAGCAUUUAUUAACUUGGGUUUUGUUGGCGUUAAAAAAAACGAACGAAGCGAAAAAUCGUACAAAAUAGGGUGGUAGCUAGCAGAAAUAAUGGUUAUUAUUGUCCGAAUUCAAGAGAAAACAGUUAGGGUUAUCGACGAGGAGGUGGAAAGGAAAUUGGCUGAACUGGAGAUUUGUCUGCGUCAACUGAAAUGAGGGAAGCGCCUUGGGGCUUUCGCCUUGUUAUUAUUGUCCUACGUUUCAGAAAAUUUAAACUGAGUUUAAAUAAAAGGGUCUUUUUUGUGACAAUAUUGAAACACCCUUACGUUUGUUUUUACCGAAACAAUCUUAUUACACUCGUACAUUUGAACAAAGUAUAUUAUUAAUAUGUAUUAUUUUAUGAUUAAAUUAGCUAAUUAGGAUAAUAUUUUUAAAUGCCAACGCACCACCUAGUUUUUUUUUUUAUUAUUCUUAUUGAUAUACCUACAAAAUACAAAUAAUAAUGCUACAACUCACGCUAUAAUAUCCUUAAUCAACUAAUAACUAUAUAGAUAAAUAAAAACAUAUAUAUAAGAAGUCUAUGUAUCUAUUUUUUUUUUUUUAAAUAUCUGUAGUAAUUAUUAUUUGAUAGACUUUAUAUUAAUAUUUGUUUUUUUAUUUUAUUUUAUUCCAAGUUUUAAAUAUUUUAAUGCCAGUUAAUAAUGUUGUUAAAUAUUGGGAAGGAAAAACGUGUAUACAGUGAUAUUAGUUUACAAUUAUUUGAAUUGACACUGAUUAAAGGUUGUCGUGAAUAUAAAGCUUUAUUAUUAUUCAAUAACAGUGUGCCAAUAUUAUGAUUUUGUUUAUAUAAUAUACUAUGUACGUCUUAUUUAGUAUGCAAAAAUGUAAAAUGUAGAGGAGUUCAUAAUAGAGGAGUAAACAGGAAAACUAUUUAUUUUUCUAUGAGUAUUAUUUUUAACGUUUUGGCCUCGAUGUUAAAUGAAGUUGCUAUAAAGCGUUUUGCAUUAAUACGCAUAAUAUACUUCUUUGGUUGUGUGAAAAUAUUUACUACAAAUAAUUCCACGCGUCAUAUUUUAUGGAAAAUAUUGAGUUAAAAUAAUUAAGUACCUAAUUGAAUAAUGAUUAUUCUACUACACAAAUUUGAUUUACUUAAUAGUAAAAAAAUAUAUAGGUGAGUAUUAAUCAUAAAUCAUUGCUCAAAUGAAAAGAAAUACCUAAACUAUAUGUGUACUUACCCAAAUACCUUUUUUUAUCUAGGCAUAAUGUUUAUUAAAUUGUUUUUUUUUUUUGAAACAUGCGUCAGAGACCAAUAAUUUAUCAAUGAGUUAUAGUUAUAGUAUAUUAUAAAGUAUACAUUAUACCUACUUCAUUAGUGUGAAAUAACAUUGACCGUAGUUAAGCGAAGGUUGAUGUCGGGGUGUAGUAUAUUACUGAAUGGUUUUCAUGAUUUCUUUCUGGCACGAUAUAUUUUUCUGUAUAUUUUAUUACUGUUACUUGUCAGGGUGCCAAACACGAAAUUUUCAUCAACAGGAACAUUUUAUUCAAUGGGAUUUUAGAACGUGACAUAAAUCCAUGUUAUUGUUAUUGUUGUUGUUACCUAUAAAACAAAAUAGUGAUAUGAAACAAAAUAGUUAUUAAAUAUAAUACAAUCUUAUUGACUGUCGGAUAAAUUUAAAUUUGUCUAUUUUACAUUUCCUUUUGGACUGGUUGUUUAAUAAGUUGCAUCUGUAAUUUAUUUACACGAAUUAUACUAUCAAAAUUAUCUCUAUUGAGUUUUGAUUUUUUCAAAUGAUUUCUUUAAUUAACUACUCACAUUUUAUGUAUUUUACAAACAAAUAAAUUAAUUUCAAAACAAAUUGCUGAGUUGCGAGUUAGUUGUUAGUACCCGUGCUUUUUAAAUGCAUUGGAAAUAACCAUUGUGCAAUGUGCAUAGUGCACAUACUACAUAGGUGCUCAUAGGGUUAUGUUCAGGAGAGGGAAAAACUGGAACUGGUUUUCCAAACACGCAUUUAAUAAGUAUUAUAUGGUGUCCUACAGUAUUAAUGCUAUCUGAGUCGGGUUUUGUGUCCGGGGGAGAGGGGCACAAAUUUAGAGAAAAACUAAAUUUAAUUUUUAUUUUUAUCCCUUAAUCACAGAAAAAUAACUUUAUUUUUUCACUUUUUAAAAUGUUCAAAUAGUAAAUUUGUAAAAUAUACUAUUCUAAAAUGUUAAAUGUUUCAUAAUAUUCAUAUCCGGUCAAUAUCGGAUAUGUUAAUAAUAGCCGUAAUAUCUACAGAAAGGUGUGAAAAACAAGACUACCACGUUAUACGAUAGCGAAUUAUAGUCGCAAUACAAGAUAAGAAUUGUUGAAAUUAAAACGGCUAUUAUUAAAAAACUCUUGGUUAGAUAGGAAUGUAUGAUACAUUAAAAUUCUUAAAGAAUUAUGUAUUUUACAAUUCUUGCUAUUUUUAACAUUUUAAAAAGUGGAAAAACAAAAUUAUUAUUUGUUCAGUGAUUAAGAAGGAUGUCUUUGUAUAAAUAUAGAUAAAUUAGUAUAAGAACACAGGAUCUGUAAAAAAUGCUAUAGUAGGUCCAUUAAGAGAGGGUAAAUCAAAAUCAUCCAUGGAUGCAUGCAGGCUCUGUACAGCGUACUUCCUGCGACAAGGCUUAAUUGAUUAUUAGUUUUAAUAUUUUCCAAGAGGGAUAUGUUCCCUUCUUGCCCUCCUCAUUAGACGUCCAUGAGCACAUAUUAUAUAUAUAUAAUAUAUAGACUUUAUAGAAAAUUUGGAAAAUCUCAUAAAUUGGAUAAAAAGAUAAGAUGAGGAUUUAGUUUCUUGGCUAACUUUCAAAAACAGUGGAAUUGGAUUUAUUAUUAAUGUCUUACAUCUUACUUUUACGAACGAAAGUUGUAUACAAGCAUUUUAUUGGAUAACAAUAUUUUAUUUCUAGAGUCGUCAAAGAGUACAACUAAUUUUUUGUAAACAAUAGUAUCUAUAUUAAUAAAAUAAAGUUUUUGUUUAUCUGUGCGUGAUCCACAACUGAAUCACUGAAUUGCAGCACUCAGAAGCCUGGAAAUUAGGUAUAGAGUAGAUGAAUUGGUUCAUAUUCAUCUCAAAAUCAGAUUUCUGAAGUUCAACCCUUAAUGGGGGGAGGGGGGCUGACACGAGUUUUUUUUUGUGUUAUGGAACGAAAAUUAAAAUAUUUUUAUUUAUUUAUGAGUAACCCGGAUGUCAAAUUAUAAUAAAUUAUAAAGCGUAUUACCUAUAUUUAUAAUUUUACAAGAGGGGUAUGUAGAUGUAUUGAAAGCUAGGUAGACACGUUAAAUUGAAUUUAUUAUAUUUAUUUCGGUUUUUGAAACGAUUAUUUUUACAAUAGAUAUAAUUAGAUUAUAGUUUAAAAAUAAUAUUUUAUAUAAUAUUAGUUAAUGUAAUGGUUAAUCAAUUUGAAUUAUUUUAGUAAAAUAGUAUUUAUAUCGGCUUUUCUUAUUUAAAAUAUGUUUAUAAAAUGUAUUCACAAUUAUACUAUAUAUUGUACUAUAACCAUAUAAAAUACCAACUCUUUGGAAAUUUGAGUUUUCAAAUAAUGAUAUUAUAUUAGGUAUUUGACAAAUUUGUUUUUAGUUAUGCCUGUUAUGUUAUAAGUCCAUUAUUAAAAUUAAUAUUUUUUAAUAAAUUAAACUUAAAAGAACUGUUAAGUCUUAAAAAGUAAUGGGUCCAAUUGCAUAUUUGUCAAUUUGUAACAAACAAAAUCACUAUUUAAGAGAAUUUUUUUAAAUUUCAGUAAAUUUUGAAUUAGUAAUUUUGUUAAUUUAAUUUUUGAACAUGGUUAUAAUUUCUUUUUGUGGUUAUGUUUUAUCGUUUUCGCAAAUGCAGCAGGUAUUUUGAACUAAUCAUCCAAGACAAUCACCUACUCUGUACGAGGUAUUAUUGAUUACAUUGCUUGGAUCAAUACAUAAUAUCUUGGAGAAAGGGAACAUAUGUCAUUUUUGUGUAGUAUCUAUACAUAGUAUACACUAUACACAUACCAAUAAUCUAGUAACAAAAAAUACACGUGACAAAUUGUUGUUAUUAUUAUUUUUUUAAAUUGUGUUUUAAAAAAUGAAAACUUUUUUCCUCGGUGAUAAUAAAAAAGAAAUAAUAUUUUAUAACACAAUAUGAACUACGCAACGGGUGAUGUAUUUGUAUUUUUCUCAAACAUAUUUUAUUAUUUUAUUUUAGUCCACUAUAUUAUAUGUUUUUGCACUUCCUUGUCGUGGAUCUGUGAAAUUGUAAACAUAAAAGUUUAUAGAUUGGAUAGUGUAUAUAAAAAUCACAAAAAAAAACCCUUCUUUAUACACUGACAAAUACGCAAUUUCUUUGCUCUCGUUGAAAGUCCUUAUAUUUUGCAACCAUCGUUAGAUAGAGAGGUGAAAAUGUUGUAAGUCGAAACCAUCAACAGUGAAUUUUGAUAAAAUAAUUGAUUACAAUAGAAGAUGGGAUUUUUAUUUGAAUUAUGUACUCAACGAGUAUUCUUUACUAUCGUACAUAUGCAUAUUGAUUUUACUACAGUUAUCAAAUAACAUCACUUAAAAGAUCCAGUUACCUUUAAUGUACGUUGUCCUUUACUUUUAGUUUUAAAAACUACAAGCCGAUGACAAUAAUAUUUAGCGGACAGAUAUAUAGAGUUAUUUAUUUUAAAUUUGUAAGCAACGAUAAACUAUUGCUAAUAAAAAAUGAUUCUGAGCGAAGUUCAGUUACACAUGUUUUGAAAUGCCGUAAUUUGUAUACUGAAGAGACGGUAUAUACCGGUAUACCGGUAAAAACCGGUAUGUACACAAAUACCGAAUACUGGUGACUAAAUUCUCAAUUAUAAAUACACAUACUUGGGGGCGAUGACCAUAGUUUUUUAUAUUACAUAAGUAAAAGUAUAUAAUUUAUUCGAGGAAGUCCUGUUUUUAUUGGUUUUACACUUAUUAAUAACGGUGGUUUAAUUGGAAUAAAAAUUGAUUCAAGUUCGUGACUUAUCAAAUGCCCUUGCAGUUUUCUUAAUAAUUGGAAACAAAUGUAGGUAUAGGAAAAACAGAACAGUUUAUGACAGUAACGAUAUCAUUAUUUUAGAUUUUGUUUUUUGGUUUUAUUUCGGUUAAAUCGUAGAUACCUGAUAUUUCCAUAGAAUACUUAAUAAUACUUACGUCUUUUAUAGACGUGGUACAGUUUUCAAAACUUUAGAUUUUUAAGUCAUUUAUUGGCAAUUGACAUUAUCGAAUUGUUUAGUUUUUAUUAGUUAUUUAUGUUGUUUUGGCCGAACAGAAAUGCAAAAAUAAAACUAAGUUGAGCGUUAUGCAGGAGUUUUUUUUAUAAACGUUUUAUAAUCAAAUCAUAAUAACUAUAAAGGGUAAUUUUUUUAUCACGAAGCAGCAAUUAUCUCAGAGGAUUUUAAGUGAAUUUGAUUUCUGUUUUUCCUAAUCAUUAUGGAAUCAAGUUUACUUAAAAUCCUCUGAGAUAAUUCCUCGUUUAUGAUAAAAAAAUCAACCUGUAUAGUGGGAUUUCAAAACGUGUUACCGAACUUCACUCAGAAUUGUAUUUCGUUAGUAAUGAUUUAUCGUUGGAAUACAGAUAUAAAUUAAAUAACUUUAUUUAUCAUACCUUCAACUAUGGCACACCGGUUCUGUAACCGUGUAUUUUAUCAAUAACGAAUGUGAUCAUCUUUCUAUAGUAAUUUAAUUAUGCUAUAUUAUAAACCUACGUAUAAUAUGCUAACGUUCAAAAAUGACUAAUUCUGCUCUUAUAUAGGAAACUGUGUUUCUCUUUCCUCGAGCUAAAUGUCCCUAAUGGAAAGCAAAUAAUCAAUGAAACUUGGAGCAUUUGUUGUAAUUACAUUUUAUUUACUUGAGACUGGUGCUGGUUAGUUAGUUUUCAUGUAGGUACGUAUAUCUAAAGAGCGGUGGUAUUUGUUUUAGUAAUUUGUUCAAACGAUAAGAAAACUUGAAUGAAUACAUGUAUUAUUAUUUGUCUGCAGAAUGGGUCGUGUAUUAUUUACUAUGUUGUUUGGAGAAUAAUAUUAUACUGCGUACAAUUUACGUAAUAUCAACAGUUUAUAUAAUCAGAUUAUUAAAACACAUUAAUUAAUUGAAAAAUAUUUAAAAAAAACUAUACACCUCGUUAUAUUGCUAAAUACAACCUAUUAACCCAGAUUCCCCUUUUUCACCCUUGUAUAGCGGAAAUUAUCGCACAAUUUAAUCUUACCACUGCAAGUAUUCCUAUUCGUAUCGGCAAAAAUUCUAAACACGUUUUAGUUUUCUAUGAUAGCAUACAUACUUCAGGUUAGUACACAACGCUUAUAGUAUCUUACAAAAUAUUAUAAAAAGUAUUAAAAAAAAAAAAACCUCAAGUAAAAAUAGAUGAACCUAAUUAUAAUGAUGCUUUUGAUUUGAUUUGUUUUCUAUCUUUAAGUACUUGUAUUGCAGUUAAUACUAUUGUGAUUUAAUUAUUCAAUGUAAUGGAUUUAUCGGUGUUAAGCAUUAUAUUAUAAUAACAGGAUUAAUUUACAUUUGCUUAGUUGAUGCCAUAAAAAAAUAUUUACUCUAUUAAAAUGCACUUACAUUUUAGAAGAUUAUUUCGAAAGUAAUCGGUUAUUUAUUUUUAUUGAAUAGGUAUCGUUGAUUUUGUUAUAUUAUAAUUUCAAUAUAAUCGUCUUAUUUUCUGUUUAUAUUUAUAUAUUCAGAACUUCUGAAAGGUCUGAAUUACUUAAGUUUAAUGUUCACAGGUUUUUAAAUAAAUAUUAUAGACUACAAAAAAUUACCAUUUAUAAUUAUGAAUACAAACACUCAUUGAAUAUAGUUUUUUUUUUUUUUUUAUAAAAUGUUUAUAUUAUUUAAUAUGUAAAUUCACCUAAGUACAAUUAUAAGUGUAUGUAUCGAAGAAAUAUAAACUGAAAACUAAUGAAAUUCAUAAUCAGACAUUUUUAAACUUUGAAAUUUUAAAUUUCGAUUAUAACGAAGAAGCUACUAUUAUGUUAGUUUUAUAAUGAUGUGUUUUUUUCUCGGAAAACAUUUACGCUUGUUCAGAAUGCUCCGAUUUUUUCAUAUCUUACCUUAAAAUAUGUGUUUGUACUUAGUUUAAGUUUAUAAAAUUCACUAUACUUUGUUCAAAAAAUGUUUUUUUGUUUUUGGAAAUGCUACAACUUUUUCACGAAGUACCUUAAAGGAUGCAAAAUAUCUUCCCGGUGGUACUCCAUCUAAAAAGAUUUAUCGAAAUUUCUGAUAGUUUACUCCGUAGGUUCUUUUUUUUUUUUUUUGGUUUUUUAUUUUUUUUAUUUCUGGAUUACUUCGACAACAAGGGAAAAAACCAUAAAUAACACUAUUCUACUAGGAAUCGUUUUUUUUGUUUGCGAUGAUUUUUCGUUACAUUUAUAAACGUUAUUUAUUAAUCAGUAUUUAUAAACUAAAUUAUCCCAGCUUCCCAACUACCCUUCGACACCUAUCCGUUGCACUAUUAGCUUUUUUAUUGAAAUAUUUUUUAUAAAUACCUAAUUAUUAAAAACAAAUCGAAUAGAUUUUUAAAAAAUAAUUCAAGAGAUAUUUUACAUUAUAUAUAUAUAAAUAUGAAAUCUAUUCGGUAUAGCUUUUAAACAUAUAAAUAGGAGACAGUUUGGAUAAUAUAAUAAUAAUUCAAGUAAAAUUACUAUAAAUAUAAUAACUUACCAAUUCAUUAUUUCAAAUGAAUAUUUCAUUCAAAAUAACUCGAGUAGAACAAUAUAAUUUGUGUACUAAUAUUUUUACAAUAAGUACAGCUGUUAAAAUAUUGUGUGGGUAUUCACUAUUCCAUCCGUAUUACAAUUUGUGUACGUAAAAUGUCUAGAAAGAUGUACGGACUGAAGUUGUUGGUUUUAUGAUUUAUAUAUAUUACACAUAUUUUUAAAAAAAAGAAUAAAGUCUACAGUUUAAACAUAUUUCAUUCGAUAGAACUUUUAUUCAAAUCGUUUGCUUUUAUAAUCCUUGAAAAUCGUGAUUAUACAUUCCAAGUCAAUUGCUACAUAGUAAACGCAAGUAACAUAUUCGUGUAUGGUUUAUCAACUGUAAUUUCCGGUAUCGUGUUUUAAAAUCGUGAUUGAGCGUUUUCUUUACGAGUUCCGUAUGUGAUUAUUAUUCAACGAUAUCGUGCCGCGUAUCUUAUACGCAUUUUUGCUGUGUUAGCCGUUUGAAAAAAAAAAAAAAAAUGACCAUAACGUAAACUUACUAUUUAUUAAUAUUAUGUUUUCGCGGAUUUCAUUUGACUUUUAAAGCAGAACGACACAUGGAAAUUUCACAUCGCAUAAAUCCCAUCAAAUGCCUCUUAAUAAAACUGCCUUUAUAAACCGAUAUUACGAUCUGCGGUAUAGGAGUCAGUCCGCAGGUAUAACAAAUACCGACUAUUUGUUAUAUGAAUAACUAUACUGUUGACCAUAAUUUUAUAAAGCAUUUCAAACGUUUAUAGACUUAUCGUAUUAUAUAGAUAUUAAUAUCUAUACACGAGUAUAGUUAAAAAUUGUUGUGAAACUCGAUCUAAAUAGUAUGAGAUUACAACGGGAGUACCUAUACGUAUGCAAUAUGUAUAUUAUAAAUGUAUUGUUCCUGCAGCAGCCGUAGUAAUAAUAUAAGUUCACAUCAAAAUAAGUUUAUUUUUGGAACUGCGAUAGUUAUUGUUUGAGCUCCGUUCAAUAAAGGCGUCACGUCGGUAGCAGACUUUAUAUCGAAUUCAGCGUUGGCCGCGGUUCUCGAAUCCUCGCUUGUUAAAAAUAAACUCCAAAAUUCUCUUAUAUAUUAUAUAUAGCGUAGGGACGAAAUGGUCGCGCCUUUUCUCCUCGGUAUUUUUCCCGAGACCAAGUUUCGUAUGCAAAUGUAUCCAGUAGUUUUAGCGCUCCGCGUAAACGAAUUUUCGGAAACUUUAAAUUCCCAUAUCUCCCGCGGAUAGAGUCGGUCGAUUGCGAUGAAAUAGAUUAUAAUUUAAAGUUUAGGCCUAUAUUUUCCCGAAAUUUCCAAUCGAAUUGGGUCAGUAGUUUUUGCACGGCGCGCACACAAACCGACCGACUGCCGAAAUUCCAACAAUAGGCGUGUUUUGGCGACAUAGUUAUUACUGUAAUUGUUUGAUAGCUGAAUCUGCUGAUCGGCGACCGGGUUACCGGAAUCAGCAAACAAUUGAAAACUACGUUUACUGUUUUCGUUUGUACUAAUAAUCUACCGAUAAGGACUAUCGUUCAACCAUUCCAAUCGAUUUUGUACAAAAAAAAAAAAAAUAUUGUACAGUAAACAAAACGUUUUGGCGAGCAACCGACCAAGGAGCAAACAAUGCAGCCAACUGUUUACUGAAAAUUGCAUCGCCAAAACACGUCUUCGCGUACUCGUGUUAUCGCGUGCUGUUGUGUACCCCUUCGUCAUUCCCACAGCGUAUAGUUUUAGCAAAUAUUUUCAUUGCACGGACACCCAAAGUUGCUGUGCGGUUAUAUUGUGUACACGUUGCGCUACAAAAUAAUACUGUUGCUGAUAAUAAUAUUUAAUAUUAUGCGCGUAUUGAUUAAUCCGAAACGGAAGCGUGCAGUUUGAACCCGAUAGGUGCGCAAUGCUCUCGGCCAGUCGCCCGUCCGCCGUUGGAUCGUCGCCGUGGACAAAUAAAUGCACGGUGUACAAACGCAAUAAUAUUUAUAUUGUAAUAUUAAUUUAGGCGCGCUGUCCGACGAGGGCGAAACCGGCGCCGCAGUAUGGGCCGUCGCGCCGCCGCCGGUAGGCCAUGGCGAUUUUCGAACGGCGGCGCGACAAGAGGCGAGGCGCGUCGUCGAUCGCGGUGGCGCGGUGUACGACACGCGGCCGCGAUGUAUAUACGAGACGCGCGCGUUUAUGUGGAAGCGUAUAGUCUUGUACGGCGGCGACAGCGGACACGGAGCAAAAGAGAUAGGUAGAGAUAAUAUUUUAUAUAUAUAUAUAUAUAAAUAUAGGUAGAGGGAGCGAGAGACGCGCGAAGAAAUGGAAAUAAUAAUAAUAAAAAAAAAAAAAAAACCGAAAAGCAACGACGGUCGUCUUGGAUUUAUAGCACACGUACAUACGGCUCUGUCGUCCCGGCCUGCCGCCGCCGCCGCCGUCUCGCUAGUUCUUCUAUCGGUCUAUCAGACGAUUCAGACGGCCACACCGAAUAGGCGGCGGACGAUGGCUGAUCGUUUGUGUGCGUGCGUGCGUAUAAACGUCGUCGGGCGCCGCUGCUGUGCCGCCGUAGUGUUUAUACGCCCGGCGGCGCCUGUCCGCUGUCUCUUUAGGGGCCGUAACGUCGUCGUCGUCGUCGUCGUUCUCGGUAAAUACGCGUGUAUAUAUAAUAUAUACGCACAUUGCAUCGCGUCUGCCGCUUCCUUCCCGCCCUGUCCGUCGACGCCACCGCGGGACCGUUUACUCCCGCGUUCGGCUCCUAUGCGCCGCGCAACGUUCAGCCGCCGAAACCCCCGGCCGGCGCGAUAUAACAACACCCGGAGACGACAUUUAUUAGUGUCCCCUUUAUUUGACACUAUAUACAUAUCAUAUUGGUAUACUUGCCGCAGUUUAACAAUUGCCUCCUUUUUUCCAAUAUGUCUACAAUAUUCCUUUAUACGGUGUGAUCAAUCCUCGAUAAGACUCUCGACCAUUAAACUCGGAAAGUAUUAACGUUUUUUGACAUUUCUAUUGUUCAUAGAACAAACAGCUUUUAAAUAUGAAAUUUCCGUUAUUUUUCGUCAUUUUGUUUCUUGUGGGCUAUCGACUUUUGAUUUUCAAAUGUGGCAACCUGUAUUAAAAAUUCCAUAAAUAGACGACGAGUUUUAGUUAAAAUUUGUCGUUUCCCCUCCGUCAACCCAAACCUAAAAGUGGAAUAUCUCGUCGGCGGGCUGAAGGAAAUUACAAAUUUCGACACUGAAACGUAUUUUACCAAAAACAUCAUCUAUUUAUGGAAUUUUUAAUAUAGAUUGCCGUUUGAAAACCAAAAGUGUGUAGCGGUUUCGUCCCCGAAAAUAACAUGUUACAUUUUAUAGCCACUUAUUGUUUCAUAAGUUGUCGGAAAACAAAAAAAAAUUCCGAAAAAAGUAAAUAAUGAGAUAUUAAGAUGAUGAGUGUCUCUAUGGAAGAUUGAUCGUCCUGUAAAUAUACACCCACUGUAUACCCAUUCACUCGCUCGACGGUUCACCCGGAAGUGUACUUUAUAAGAAUAUUAUAAUAUAACAGUUUCCUAUGGCUUAUGAGAUAAACUAAUUAAGUUUUUUUUUUUUUGCGGGGACGCAUACAUAGACGUGCCCAGGAUCAAAAUUCAAAAGAGGCCUGGUUAUAAGUUUUAAUUUACCGUCACCCUAUUUCACCGAAUCCCAUUUUGAUGUCGAAAAAUAAAACGGUUUUAUACGGAUCGAAAUAAUAAUCCCAUUUAUUAUAAUUUCGGUGGUAAUAUCACCACAAUUUUUAAUAUAUUCAAUUUUUUUUUAAAUUUACAAAUCGCAAUUAAAAUUUGUAAAUUUACUUGGUAAUCAGUCAUAUAUAUUAAUUAUUAUAACUACAUUAAAAUAUUAGUUUAGUAAAUUAUAAAGACGUGUCCUUAAUUAAUAUGUUUUGAUUAUUUUCAUCGUAGCAAAGCGUCUGCGCGAUGAAUGUACGUAUAAGGGGGAACAAAAUAAAAGGGUUUCCAAAAGGAAAAUUGCGAUAAAGUUAUUGAUAAUAUUGUGUGUGCAUUGUGUAUUUUGUUCUAAAAUAACACGCCGUAUACGGUUCGAUGGUGUACGUUGUUUGUGUAUAGUGUAUUUGUUUUUUUUUUUUAAGAUAAGAACAAACAAAAUUGCUAUCACAGGCAGUUUUAUUUUGUAAAACGCUCUCGUGUAUAUUGUUAUUAUUUUGUACCAUACAUAAAUACAUAUAAUAAAUCAUGCCGAUGAAAAAAACAAUCUUUGUGUUAAUUUUGGUAUUAUUAUUUUGAGGGUGUUUUGUCAUUUGAUAAACUGUUGUUAAUGCGUGCAUGUAUAUUAUAUGACUAAUCCAAUAAUAUGCUUGAAGAAACUGUCGAAAGGUUGAACGACAUAAGGUCGAAAUAAAAAUAUCAUACGUAGUACUUUUGUCGCUUUUUUAAAAAUUGAAUAAUAGAAACAAAUAUGAUGCAUCAACAAAUAUGAGUAUUCUUUGACCGGAUAAUAAUAUAGCAUUAAAUAAAAUAUGCAGUACUAUACGAUCAUACUGAAUAAUGUAUUCAAAACCUUCCAACUCGUAUCGAGGAUUGAUGCACUCGUAAAAUCUUAAGUAUAUCAUUAUUGUAAAUAAUAUUAUAAACCAUCCGGAAUACCUACUUUAGGUUCUUAUAGGAUUUUUAGAAUGCUAAGAUAUGGGUAGGCUAACUUAUAAAUAUCAUUAUCUUAGUUUUUAUAUCACAUUUUUCCUUUUUUCUAUUAUAUUAUCUUCCUCUAACUAUGUUAUUAUAGUAUCUGAUUCUCCUCUAACUGCGCGUUUUUAUGCGCCUUGCAAAUAAGUACUCCCGAUUUCUCGUUUCAAAUAAAAAUAAAAAUUUUCGUAGAUUUUUUAUAAUUUUGGUUACUGAGUUGUCGAGUGGAAUUUGUAUUUAUUGAAGUCAGCUGUUUCGGUUUAUUCAACUCUACUCAUGUAUACAUUUAUAAAUAAAUAAUUUUUUUCUAACCUUAAUCUAAUGAUGAAUGAGUAUUGUUAUAUUAUUUUUCUCAAAAUGUUAACUCGUAGGUACUACGUGAUUUUGGUCGGUUUUUCAGUCAUAUUUAUUCGUUGAAUAACACGAGUUAUUCGACAGAUAAGAAAAUAUUGAUAACUAUCGUUUUUUUUAUAUAUAAUUUUUUUGUUUUUAAAUUUAUAACCGAAUAUUAAAGUAUUAUAUUACAAGUUAAAAUUAUAAGUGUUUAAAGUUAUAAUGGACUUAUAUUUGAAGACGAUGAUUAAAAAAACUGUUGAGUUUUUGAAUUAACAACGGUGUACACGGUAUAUAUUAUUAGAGUGAGAAUCUAUCAAAUGGUUAUUUGGAUUGAUCAAGAUUUUCGUGCUCAGUUCAGAUUAUCUAAAAAGGUAGUACUUUAUGCUCUGAGAUACAUUAAUUCUGAAAAAUCAUCUCAAUCGGAUGAGUAAAUUUAAAUAAAUACACCUAAUGCAUUAAUAAAUUUCAGACUAUAUUUUAUUUAUUUAGAAACUUUGAUGUUUUAACAUCCAUUACCAAACUACUUUUUACACUACGAUUUUAUAUGAUUGAACAUUUUUUAAAUUACUACUGGACACUUUAUGGGUGUUACCAAAAAUAAAGAAUCAUUAAUAAUUGUACGCGAUAUCAGUAUUAAAAUAGCAAGAUUGCGAUUACUUUUGUCUUAGACUAGAUAGUUUGAGUAGGUAGUGUAUGAGCUCAAAAUAAAACGUGCGUUUUAACGAGUGAUAACGAAAACAAUGCAAACAAAUUUUGUUCGAUCACUGAUUAGACAGUAAGAAUUUCGAUCAAUUAUAAUGAAGUUUUUCAUUUCAAUUUGUUCUACAACAUACUAUUAUAUUAUUAAAAUCAUUACCAGUAUCUACCGAAUAACUUAUGUUCGUCAAAUAGCCAUCUGGAAGAUAAAAUUAUAUAGAAAAACACUUAUCACUUUAUUCGGGAGUUUAUUCUCUAAGUAAGUUUAACCCACGAAUAGUCUGGUGAAGAACUGCAUUAUUGAAAAACCUACCCAAAAAUUUGAAAUAUUUUAUACACCUUUUAUUUUAAAACUUUAUAUUAGUAAAUUGUAAAAAAUCGUACAUUAUCUAUCUGGAAUAAUACAUGUUAUUUUGUUAUUUGACUAAAAAAAGGCCAAACGUAUAAAAUUACUUACUUUUCCCCGCCAUAUAGAAGAGAACUCUGUAUAUUUUAUCUAUCUAUAGUGGCGCCAUGUUCAUUAAAAAACGGUGUUUCAAAACAUCUUAUUUGUUUAAGAGCAUACAACCCACACACCCGCCCACCCAAUGGCCCAUUGACCGAUGAUCAAUAAAAAAUGUAUACUUUAUAAAAAUACAUAACUAUACUUUUGGACAGUGUUUCUUAAAUUUUUUGAUAUUUCGGCACACCAAACAAUAAUAUUUUUUAUGCGGAACCCCUAAAAUAUACAAAUAUAAUUGUUUAUUUUAAAAAGGGAAUUUAACCUAUUUUGUUUACUCACAUUGGUGGUAAUAUUAUUAUAACAAAUUGAAUAAAUUAUUAUAUACGUGCGCACAUGGCCGGGCAACGGAGGAAAAUCGUUAACACUUAUUAAAAAUUGCUAAAAAUUACCGCACUGCUCAAUAACUGACUGCAGUGGAGGACAUAAUGCGUGACAUGUUAUGGCUAAUUUUGCGUUUUUAUUACCUACUUCGUUACCGUUAAAUGGUUAGUUGUUGUAGAAUUAGAAUUAACUUUUUCCAGGCCUUCCCUGCGAAUUAUUCGUGAACACGAUGAGGGUUCCGCGGAAUACAGUUUAAGAAACACAGCAGUUUAGGAAGAUACUUAUAAGGAUCGAAAAUUUCAAUCAGUGUCACGUUUAAUUAUUCAUAAGAGCCCCUAUUUUUUUUUUUUGUGAAAUUCAGUACAAUAGCAGUGUCACCGCGCGUCCUUAGGUUUUAUCGUAUCAUUUGUCCGCAUUUAAUAUUGUACUAGUGUUGCAGUUAUCGGGACGUGUGUAACACAUGCGCGUAUUAAACUCAUUCGUCGCGGUUUUUAAUCCGGAGUACGAGCUUUUCUGCCGACGAUUUGCAGGUCGUUUUAUCCAGUCGAGUCUAUAUUCAGAGAAAGAGAGCGGUCGAGAGAGAGAGAAAGCGAGAUAGAUAGAGAGAGAGCGAGAGAGAGAGAGAGAGAGAGAGAGAGAGAGAUAGAGAGAUAGAUAGAUGGAAUAUAGAAGGAAAUGUCUGCGUUGGUUUAUCGUCGUAGACUGGCUCCGUAUAUCGUGAACGUGAUUCGCGUCCCAAUAUGUAUCAGGUCGGAUCUGGUCGUCGUCAUAUAAUAAUAAUGAUAAUAUUCGGAAUUCUACGCGAAGAGGUUCACCAUCACGUUUAACCGCCGUCACCGUUGCGCAGAGAUUUCUCAAUGUAAUCGGUCGACGUAAAAAAAAAAAUAAAUAAAUAAAUAAACGAAACGACGUGCUGCACAAAAAAAACUCACGAGAAAAAUCGGACAUUAAUUAUUCCGUAUGUUUUAUGAUGCCUGCAGUCGUCAGUCUCAGAGACUUGAUCUGUCAUCAUUUUUGUUUGUAUCGCAUAAACAUAUGGUUUAUUCGCAUUGUAGACGCGCUCCUUCGUCGCGCAAUAUUUUCGUGUCUAUACUGCAGUCUUCUUCUUCUUAUUCUGCUGUCUUAUGCAAUAUUGAUGGGAUCAGCUACUCUUUAUAUUGUUAUUCCCUCCACAUCAUUCAUCGCCAUUUCUCAUCUGCUUCAUCGCGCGUGCUUUUGAAUCUCCCCCGAUAACCUCUUAGAGACUUUAUUCGGCCUACUUUUUCCCUGAAUUCGAUCUACGCCCAUUUCACCUAUGUGAGAAUGUAUUCGAGGUUUGGCAAUUAAAUAGCGAACAUUUUAUUUGAAUGGUUCGAGUGGAUGCCUUCGAAAUAAACUACGUCUUCGGUUUUGAAGGACCUUACACCCGAAACCUUCCGGGUGUGAGAAGAGAAGAGUAUUUGCGAUGAGGGUAUGGGUGCAUAAGUAAAUGUAAAAUAAAUUUGAGAAAUUACAAAUGCUCGUUAUUUAUUUUCUUUGCCUCGUAUUUUUGGCUGUAUCAUAUUUUCUUUGUCUCUUAUAAGCAUGCCCGUGGCGUCUCAAUUUAUUCGUCUCUCAUUUUUUCUCUUCGUACCCGCUAUCCACUCGUAUAUAAACUACUUCUUAUAUUGAAUAUCUUCACGGGUGAGUCGAUUACGCAAAGAUCCGAUGACUUGGCCAAUAACCGGCUCGUAGUACUCGUUUAUUAUAAAUAAAUAAUAACAAUAAUACUUGCGUAUUAAUAAUAUUAUAUUUCUCAUUAAAGAAUCCCCGACGAAAACCGUCCGAUGAUUUAAAAUUAAAUCCGUCGUCUGCGUUUUCAAUUCGUGAAUCAUAUUAAUAUUAUCAUUAAACAUCGUCUUAUUCAUCUCGCACCGAUUUAAACGAAAUAAUCGUAUUUUCGAUUCAAAUUACAUAGCGCGAAAGUGUAUAAUAUUGUUACGAAACGAAAAUGAUUUACAAUGGCUUAUUAUUAUUAUUAUUAUUAUUAUGAGUUACACGAUAUUAUGUUUUAUGUAUAUAUACACGUCUCUUUCGAUCAGCCGCCGUGGUCGACAUUGGAUCAUAUCGAAACAGGUUCAAUUAUUAUUAUUAAGUAUUCGAAAGUAAAAAAUACAAAAUAAAUCGAUCGUAUCAAUUGGUAUACGCAUUAAAAGUCGAUAUAUCUCGUUAAGCCUUCGCGACGUGAUGGUGACUUAUCUCCCUGUUACUAAUAUUGUGUACAAUAAUAAUAUUACGUUGGUAACUAAUAAUAAUUGUAGCCGAUUUUUUAUAAUAAAUCUCUGUCAGAUGUUGAUAUCAAUAAUAAUAUUUUUUUCUUUUAUCCCUCACUUCUCGAUUUCGUUUUAAGAUUUAAGGGUGGGCGAGUAUACUAGAUGUGAAAAUAACUAAAUAUUAGUAAGUAUUCGGUAACUAUCGAUUCGGUAAAAAUAGGCGAAACUACUGGGAAUAUUGGGAAAUAUUGGUGGGCGGAUACGUGGGUAGAUUAUAGGUAGCUUCUGGGUUAUUUCGGGUUCGUCCCGCCACUGGUAGGCUAUACUCUUCGUUAAUGCUCGCCCUGCCCCCGCACCCUAUGUACAUUUAAUGUCUCCCGAUAUUCAUCUACGCCCGUCAUCGUAUCGCCCUUAUAACCUAGAUGAUGAGAUAGGUUAUAAUAUAAUAGCCACUUUUUCUUCGGCCUUUAUACAAAAAAAAAAAAAAAUCAAACCGAUAACAAUUGAAUCGUUGUUAUUAUGUACUAAUAUUAUUCUCCUAAUGCAUUAAACAUCGCGUACACGCGCGCGUACAUAUUAUACGGGAUAACAUUAUACUAUAUUAUGUAAAUGUACACUGUGUAUGCGGUCGAUAUGAUACCGAUCAUUUCGCAGCGCAUUGUGAUUAUAAUAAUAAUAAUAAUAAUAAUAAUAAUAAUAAUAAUAUUAGGUGGGUAGGUAAUAAUAUUCUGCUUUAUAUAACAAUAUCUUUACCGCAUACGCGCGUCAAUCUAAUCACGGCGGCGUUUCCCGCACAAAUAAUAUUCAAAAUUUAAUGUUAUGGGCGAACCUCGCAACCGCGCGCGGCCGCCAUAGCCGUACGCCAUAUUUUAUUUAGUACUAUUAUUAUUAUAAUGGAUACGCGUUACAAUAUUACAAUAUUUACAUUGUAAAACAUUAAUAUUCAGGUGUAUACAUCAUUGAGUCGAGAUUCACGAGAUGCAACGGUCCGUCGGUGUUCGUCCGUCGCGCACAACACCCGUCGAAAUAGCAUAUUAUUAUCAAAAAAAGACGGGACACGAUGAGCCGAACACGGUGUUUUUUUUAUAUACGUUUGACGAUUGAUCAUAUCGAUUGUCCGGUCGAAAAUUGCAACAACACAGAAAAAGGCCUUUUUUUUUCUACAGGAGAGUAAUUCUAUAACUAAACGAAUAUUUAUAAUUCAAUCAUAAAACACGAAAUAAACUAUAGGUAGGUAUGAAUACGACUUUUUAUAUGCACACAUGUUUUGAUGUUUCCAUUGUUCGUGAUAUUAUAAAAUUACACGAAUUAAUCGCAAUACUCGAUUCACUUUAGAACUUCAGGAUAUGUAAAAUCGACAUAAUAUGUUAUUAUCUAAAAUUAUAAAUAAUAAAAGCUCUCUAGUGUCCAAUAAUUUUCAACUAAUUUUUAUUGCAUUCUUAAAUUGUUUUGAUAAUGAGAAAAAUGUGAUGUAUUUAACUCGAUUUUGAUUUUAGAUUUUUUUUGAGUUGUUGCAAUCUUGAACUGGAUCGUUGAUAUAUAACUUAAAAUGGUCCGCCCAAUUACCAAAUUGUUGUAAUUCAAAAAAUGUGAUCUUGUGUUUAUGAUGAUAUUUCUAAUUGAAAAAAAUGCAUCGUUAAAAAGCAUUAAAAAAAUAAAAUUAAUAAUAUUUUAUAAAAGCAGUGUUAAUAAAAAUGCAUAGACAUUUUCGCUUUGAAGAAAAAGUCUUCCAUCGGAUCGAUAAAAAUAAUAAAUAUUGCAAAUUAGACUACCGAUAUGAUGAAUUAUUUCAAAGUUAUUAUUAAUAAGUAAGUAUACCUAUAUUUUAAAAUAAAUUAUAUAUUAAAAAUGAAAAAAAAAACCUUGUGUAAGGUAAAAUUUAAUAUCUACUUCCUAUGCCCAUAUCAAAAUAAAUGGCGAAAAAAACCGUGGACGACCAAGAAUAUCAUAAUAAUAUUAAAGUUAAUUGAAUAAGGGCUAGCUGGUAAUAGAGACGAGUGGAGAGAAUAUAUGAUAAACCAACCUUAUAGGAGUUGAAUAUACCAAAAUAAGAAGAAUAUUAUAAUAAGUAUAAAACUGGGUCAUUAAAGAAAAUUCAAACUAAUUAUUUGAAAUUAGUGGAAAUAUUAGUUUUAUUACUAAAUAAUGUAACGAUCAAGUUGUGUCAAUAAUUAAAUAUUAUAAUUUCUAAAAUUACGUAACAUUUUCUCAUAACUUUGUAUUUAAAAUUUUUUGAUUGGAGCAGAAUUUCUGGUAGAACAGUUGUUUGCAAAUAGAAAAAAAUAAAACAAAUAAUCUAAACACAAACAUCAUAGUGAAAUCGAUAUAUUCCUCGCUACGCUCAAAACAUAAAAAACUUGAGUUCAACUCAUUUUCCGACUUGGCUGGAACUAUAUAUUAAUAUUAUGAUUAGGAUAUAAAGACACCAUACCAACGAAUGUGGUUAGAAUAUAAUAUAUAAUAUUUAAUGUAGUAAAAUAGUAAAAUUAUAUUUAUAAGAAAUGAUAACACAAAUCAAACAUCAAAAUUCUCUAUUGUAUGAUUUCAAUUUCAUUACUUAUGAAAAAUUUAAAAUGUUUAGCUAAAUAUUACAUCAUUAUACAGAGAAGAAAAUAACAUUUUAUUUAAAAUAAAUUUAAAGAUUUUAGCUUUAUUUUUAAAAUUUGAUGAAUUUCAGAAUGUUUUACCUUAUUUAAAUUGCCAUUCACUGGUGUCUUUACUCUAAUUCUAUACCUAUUAACUAAUCUAUUCAAAUAGUUGUUAAUGCAUGUUUAAGUUACCUACCUAAUAGUUAUUUCGUAUAGUAAUAUCAUUAAUUAUUCCGCUGUGGAUAACAAUCAGCGACGUAUUACACACGAGUAUUGUCGAAGGGUUGUAAACUUAUUUUUAUCUGUAUUGUGAAUACUUAAUUUUAGUUUCGUUAUUUUAAUUCAGUGAGAUUAUUGUAUGCGUCUACUACGCGCCCCAUAUUCGUUACUUUACGAAUUGUUGAACAAAUGUUUCACUUUCCAGGGGAAAUGAAAUAGCUUCAACAUUUAAAUCUUGGUUGUUUAUCCUAUAAUAAGACCUAAUUGAAUUAAUAAAAUAACAGUAAACAUAACUAAAUGUGUUCAAUACGAGUUUAUGUUGUCUUCUUUUUUUUUUUCAAGUGGGUACCUUAUAAUAAUUUAUAUAGAAGUGCUGAACUUUUAAAUUGGUGUUAUAAUAUAACUUACACGUAGGUGUGUUGCAGAUCCAAUCGCUUAACUUUUUAAAUCAAAAACUUUCAGAUUAAGUUGAUGGCGUAAUAGUUUAAAAAUUAACUUAUAUGUUGUAUAUUAGGUAUUAUACCCUAAGGAUAGGUACUAUAUAAAAAUAAUUGACUUUCCUUGGAGAAUAAAUAUAAUUUAUAAUUUUAAUAAAAACUUGAUACAUUUUAAAGUAAAAUAUAUUAAUAACAUUAUAUCGUACGCUGUAAAUAACAGGUUUGUUCACACCUUUAGGGAAAUAAACGGUGUAUAUUUUUUAAUAUUACCUAUACCUAUAUUAUGUUUGAUGGUAUUUUUUACUUAAUAAAGCCAAACAAUUGUCCCUUUUAUUCGGUUAUUAUUAUAAUAAUAUUGGUUUUAAGUCUAAAUAGUAUUGGCGUCUGUUUAAAGUACUUGAAUUGUUUUUUUGAGAUUACGAACAAUAUUUUGUUGUAGUACUUACUCGAUAGUAUACAUUACUUAUAGAUUUAAAGGGUAAAAUUUAAAAUAAAUACAAUAAUACAUUUGUUUGAAAUGUGGAACGUAGAGCAAACAUUUCAACAUGGCGUAGAUAUUUCUAAUGUUAACCGCUACUAUUAUAUUAUUAAUUAUGAAAUAUAUUUAUACCCGUUCAAUUAAAAUCGUAUGUAUUCACUCGCUAACAACUUUUAUAAUUAUUUUGUAUACAAUCGAUUAAAUUAUUGUUUGAAUGCAUGUGGUACGUGUAUUACACGUUAGAAAUAGGUACUUUUGAUUUUCGCACAAUAUCCUAUUAUAUAUAUAGGUAUAUAUGUAUAGUAUAUAGGUACAGUAUGGUUUAAAUAUUUUUUUGAUGUUUUUUUUUUUUUUUUUUUAUAAUACAUAUCCAUAGUCGCGUUGAAAUAUAGAUCGUUAAAUUGCAACAGCGGUCGUACCUAUGUAUAAUAUACAUGGUUAGAAUAUAUUGGCAUUUGCGAAGGGAAAAUAAUUCGAUCAAUUAUAUUAUCACAGUCAUUUGGUAUGAAAUUCGUUUGAUCAGAUCUAAUUUAAUUACGUUAUUAUGAUACGCCGCUGCCGGGGUUUAACGUUUCGGUAGAGCGGGUUCUCGAGUGCGUCGAUUUAUUACGCGCUCUUGGAUUUUAAUAAUUUUCAAAAGGGUAUUAGCGUUGAUUGUAUAAAAGUAUAUUUUAUAAUCAAUGGUAUUAUUAUUAUAAUAUAUAUAUAUAUCACAUAUUAUGCACCAUAAUAAACUAUUUAUUGUAAAUAAUCGAGAAAAAACCGUCAAGUAUUAUAUCGUAUUUAAGCUGCGCAUAAUAUGUUAAGCGAAACAAUUAAAUCAAUCAUGAUACGGCCUGAUAGUUUAUUAUAAUAUCGUGUAUUCCGGAUAAUUUCACAGUCAGUAAAAUAAUUAUAAUAUUAUAUUAUAUACUAUAGAGUAUACACUAUAGUUUAAUAUUAUAGGACUUAUCCGAUUUCAACAAAAUAAUAAUAAAUAAUAUGAAUUGAUGAAAUAACAGUGUAUAAUAGAGUCGAAUAAAUAUGUAAAUGUAAAUAUUAUUGGAAUCGCUAAACGCACGUGUUCAAAUUUUCCGAGAAAGACAAAAACCUACUUAUUAUAAGCGUCUUUUUUUCUUUUUUUUUUUUAAAUAUUUCAUAAAAUUACUGUUGAAACUUAUCGAUGAUAACAUUUAUCAAACAUCGGUCAUCACCAUAAUAACAGUGUAGUCACUUUAACGUUAACUCGUUAUUUUAUUUUUUCAAAGGUAUCGGGUUUUUUUCUUGUUAAACAAUUUUAAAAUACCGAACGCCCUUUUUGAAUUUAGCUGUUCAUAUCGGUUUUUGUAAUGUAUAUGAAUAACGAUAUUGAAUGUCCAAAAAAUUAUUUUGUAACGUAAUAAUAAUAUACUUAUACCUAUACCGGUACGGAUAAUAUAAUAAUAAUACAAUUUAAAUUGUACCUAAUCGCGGUUCAUUAUUGAAAGACAUGCAAAUAUAUUAUACGAGUCCGAUUAUUAUUGUUGUCGGCGUAUUAUUAUAUAUCGUUUGUAAUUUUCUUCGUAUUUUUAACGUGUAUAUAUAUAAAAAAUAUAUGUACAAUAUAAAGUUUUAAUCAUAAAUAUAUUGGUUUAUACCGUUAUUAUAUAAUAUUGGUAUCGUAAUUUAUAAUACAAUAACGUUUUUAUAGUAGUGCCGUGGUAUUUGAUAUUCUUUUUGAAUUAUAUUUAUUGCGAAGAAAACAUGAUCAUACACAGUCGAGACGUUUCUAUCCGUAUAUUAUAAUUUAUAAAUAUUGCUCGUAUAGAUAUAUAACUCUGCUCAAUGCCCAUCUUAAAAGUUAAAAGUAACAGAGGUAAUAUAAUACGUAUUAUAUUUUUAUGUUGUUUAAAAAUAUUACAAUAGAAUCAUAAAUAACGUUUCGUUGCCGUAUAAAAAAAAAAAGGUUCAAGGAUUUAAAAAUAAUAAGUUUAACGUGUAUGUUGUGUGUGUGUAUAACUUGGAGAAAAAUGGUUAUUAUACUAUAGUAUGUCUCUACCUACCUGUACUGAAAUAUUUUUAUAUUUGUGCGGCUUACAAAUACGCGGGUCUUAAGUAUUCGUAUUGUAUAACAUUACGUGUAAUAAGAUAUGACUUUAGGUAUAUACAUAAUAUAUAUCAUCUGUUCGCGAAGAAUAUGUCAAAACAUCACUGGGAAUGUUUUAACCUACUAACUGCUAUUAUUGUCUAUAGUAUUAGACUUAAAAAUAAUAUUUAUGUAUAAUAAAUUAUAAUGCAGAAGUUCGCAGUGGCGUAAGUUUGUUCGAAUUUUGAAUUUUCAAAAGUUCUCGGAUGCUCACACGUACAUUUUACUAUGCGUACUCGAUUUCCCGUUUUAUCAUAAUACACGUGCUCGGCUUGUAUAUAAAAUGGCUUAUUACCGAACCCCAGUGCAUUAUUAUAGGCGCGGGCAAGUGGCGGAACCUCAUUAAGUGCCAACGAUGAAAACUAUUAAUGGUAUUAACUGUGAUUUAUUUUACGACGGUGUUCUUAUAAUACCCCUUUGAGUUCAUUAAAAUUUGUACCUAUUUUAAUAUAAUUAUUAAUUAUAUAUUUCAACGAGUUCUCUAUAUAGUGUCUUUGAGGUAUUAUAUUUUUAUAUGGUAAUUUAUGUAUAAAAGCCACGGGGCGUCUAAUAUAUAAUACAAUUAUUACCUAUAUUGAUGGAACAAGAUGCUUCAAUUAUUAUUCAGUACUAUACAUUAUUACUAGCAGCUGUAUUAAAUUAAUAAUAUCUACAAACAUUUUUUUAUAAAAACUAUGUACCUACCUACUCAAUGUUCCAUUAAACAAAUUGCCGCCGGUACCUAUGUGUACACUACAAUAAUUCUAUAUAGGUACAAAUAGAUAUGGUUAAUAUUAUAUUUGUUUGAAAAAAUAGGUUCUAUAAAAUCAAAUUUCUUAUAAAUUAAAAUAUGACGUAUAUUUGGGAACUUUUCCCCCCGUUUAUCCGCACAGCGCAAAUCAUAUAUGCGAUCAUACGCAUCAUGUGUUCGGGUGUUUGUCUUUGGCGUUAGCAACUCGCGACUUAUCUAAUUAUGUAAAUUCGAUUUAUUUCGAGUACUAUUCCCACUUAGCCGUCGUACUCGACAAGGUUUAAUCGUUGAUACUUACGGCGAAUUAAUAUAUUAUAUCGGCAGGGGGAGAAGGGACGUGAGCGCUGUUUCGGUCGUAAAUAGGCCGACGAGUUAAAACAAUUUCGCCGUAAGUUUAACACGUAUAGGCAUUACCUACGUCAGAAAAUUAAAUUAUUAUCAUUUUUUUUUUUUUUAUCAUGUGGUGGUCGUAUUGAUUCGACAGAAUCAGUCCAUCCAUAAUGGACGAUGCGGCGAUUAUGACGACGAUAAUGGCAAUUGCCCCAGGUAGAGGUAGUAGGGUAAAAUUUUUCCGGGUGUUUGGGGUUGACGGGAGGGUUGAAAUAUGGUUUUGGAGGCCAAUCGAACACGCGCACAGAGUAGAGCGUGGUGCGUGAAGCGCGCACCGUGUACCGGUGGCGUGUCGGUGCAGCGGCGGCCGGGUGGCGAGGCGGCCGUAUACGCCUAGACCGUCACUGGCGGGCGGCGGCGGCGGCGGCAGCGGCGGCAGCAGCAGCAGCAGCAGCAGCAGUAGUAGCAGCAGCGUCGUCGUAUAAAAAUCAAUACACCACCAACACGGAUCGCCGCCGCCGCCGCCGCCGACACAGACCACUGCUGCGGGUGGCAGACCGGCGGCGCGCGGGGACACCACCGCGAACGCCACCGCCCCCGACGACGAGCGCAGCGGGUCCCUCUGCCGCAGCCACCGUUGCUGCUGCCGCCGCCUACGGUAUAUACGAGGUCUUUAUACGACACGGCUUUACCCGUUUACACGCGCGCUCGUCCCGCCGCCGCCGCCGCCGCCGUUUUCAUCGUCGUCCGCAUCCUUCGCUUUUACUUUUGCGCGAUUUACCCCUCGCGGCCGCCGCCGCCGUGUAGUACCUAUACAACGACAACAGCUAGUACGCUAUUUCUCUUGAUAGCGUAUAAUUAUGACCAUUUCCGCGUUAUAAAAACUAUAUUAUUAUUAAUGUAAAUAAAAUAGGUAUACCAGUAGUGUCGGUGAGCAGUCGUGGUGUCGGGUGUUCCGCCCCCUCUCCUACCAUACCCUCCGCCAAUGUCGAGCGGCAAGCGGGGGGGGGAGAGGAAAAAAAAUCACUCGUUGACUCCACACGACGACGCAACGGCGGUUUAAUAAUUCAUAAAAUAUUAUGCCGCAGCCGCCGUGAUGUGGGGGUAAAAAAAGAAACCGUCUUUUCCUCUCCGACGGCGGAAUUAAACGUCACGCGUUUGACGUCGCGCGCGCUUUCCGUUUUAUUUAAUUAUAAACGUUGUACGCGGAUGAUAUUAAAUUUUUAUACGGUAUUCGUGCACUCGAACCAACGGCGUUAUUUGGCGGCGGCAGUGGGGGACAGUCGGGAGGGGAGGUGACUCGUAUACGUUCGCCCCGCUCUAUAGUAUAUUAUUAUUAUUUUUUUUUUAAGUCUGCAAUAAAUUUCGAUUUCGUGUGCCAAACAGGGGCGAUCAAUUCUCGACUAGAAACGCUGUAUCGUUAUCAUCUCGGAAGGCAUUGACUUUUUCUCGAAUUUCCGGGGAAAUGUAUGAAACAAAUUUAGUUACCAUUUUUUUUUUUUUUGUGAGGGUGGGGGUACAACGAUUACCUGCUAACGAAAUCGAAAAAAUCGUCAAAUAAAGUCGAUCCAACAACGGCGGAGAAAAAAUAAUCGAUUUUUCAGUUGGUAAUUUGGAUAAUAUCCGGCCCAGUCUAGCGAAUGCUUAAGUGACCCAUUUUCCGUACGGUCGGCGGCGAAUCGCGGUUUCACCCUAAUUUUAAUUUAACGUGUACGCGCGCGCAGUGCAGUUUUAUAGACGCGUGCCCAGGAUUUUCUCGUAGGGUUCGUCAAAUUUCGUUUGCCAACAACUCACCUAUAAUAAAUGUAAAAAAAAAAAAUAUUCGAAAAAAAAUAAAAAAAAUGUCCAAAACUUAAAUUGUUUGCAUUGUUAUCUUGGAAAACCGCGUUAUGCGCAUUUGACCGUUUUGUGUUCGUUUAGAGAGUGUUCAAAAACUCACGCGGUGUGGGAUUUGUGGCCUGAUAAAUCCCACCCCUUCCCACUCCUCUUUGGCUACGUGCCUGCGAAUUGUGCAUAUCGAUGGCUAUAUCGUCUGAACUGCUAUAAGAAGCCAAAAUCCGUACUUCCACUUUUUCCCGAAAUCGCAUUGUAAGUCCAUUAUUAAGUGAUAUAUCCCGGUGGACUUCGAUUUCGAUUCUAUACCUAAAACUGCUAUUACCUACUAUAAACCGACUUAAAGGUUUUUUUUUUUUUAUUUUAUCUUUUAGCUCGACGCGGGUUUCUUAGUGUUCGAAUGUAACAAGUCCUAGAAUAAUGAUAUGUGGAAUGCUUUUUAAGUAUAGUUUAAAUACGCUUUAUUUCUGUCAAAAAUCGAUUAAACACUUUUAAGACAAUUUUAAUGCGCCUAACAAUCAUUUUAGUACGUAUUUAUUUGUCCUUCAAAACCAGACAUGUCAAAAAUUAAAAAAAUUAAAUAUGUAUAAAACCUAUUUAUAUUAUAUAUUCCAUCGUCACCAAUCACAAAUACUCCAUAAUAAGUAAAAACAAACAAAUACAAACAAACAUAAUAAUAAUAAUUUAAUUCUUAUAGCAUAUAUGCAUUUUACAAUAAUAGUAUCAGUGCAUCAGUUGUAAAAUCGAAAAACUACAAUAAUUUAUAAUAUGAACAUUACGAACUCUAUGUAAUACAAAUUUCGCUAGGUAUAACUAAUGUGGUGUUUUAUAAAAUUGAAGAACCAAAAACGGUCGUCCUCCGAGUUUUAUACGUAUAACUUUUGAUGAAUUUUUUUUCCAGAGUAGUUGUCAAAAACUUAAAGAGAGGGUUGUAACCAUAUUCAUCCCUCCCUUAACUACUUAAGCCUGGUUGUACUUAUUAUGACGGAUAGAAUACGUUGACCGUGUCCAUUUACCGUUCGCGUAAUGUAUAAGUGAGAAUAAACGACUGUUAAAUUAAAUUAUAUUAUGCCGUCUGUAUAAUAUUAUGUAUAUAUGUAGGUACGUAGAUCUUUUAUCAUCAUUUUACCUCAAAAAACGCCUUCUUUAAGAAUUAAUAUUUUGUUCUGUCUUCACGAAACCCUUCGAAAAACCCUUUUACGUACUAACAGUGGCGUCUUUGGUUCGUAUCCUAGGGGUAAGUUUGGCAGGAGAAAUUGCACGAUCCACUUUAAUAUUUUUAAAUUUGUAUAAUUGCCAUUUGAUUUUAAUACACUAAAAAUCUAUGGAGUCCGCGAUUAGUUUUUGCCGUAUAAAACAGUGUUAACAAUCGAAUUACAAUCACGUCCUCUUUAGAAACAUUUUUUUUUUUGUAACUAAUAAAUCAUACAUUUUACGAAUUAUAACAUCAAAAAAAAUUGAUUUUUUUUUUCAUGCAGGAAAAUGUAUUUGUCGUGUUAUCUUCACUUAUUCCGGUUUAUGAUCAUGUCAAAGCCGCGUUAAACCGUAGUAGCACUUCUAAGUAAUCCCUGUGAUCCAUAUUGAUCGAUAAUAGUUUAUGGAUUUUUCGAUACAUUACCAGAGAACUAAUAAUUAUUAUCAGUCGAUGAAUUUUUUAAUUAACCCGCUCCCUAAAUAAAAACAAGUCGUAAAUACGCCACUGGUGACAUUUAUGUUAUUAUGCCAUAGGUAACAUAGGUAGGUCGUAGUUAUAAUUUUGCAGCGUUUUUUAUUUUAGAUUUUAAAUACAUACGAUUUAUAAUUUUCCAAUAUUUGAAUUCACUUUAAAUAGAUCAUUGGCGAUAAGUUUUUUCAUACUACAUACAAUAGAUUUAUCCCCGUAAAUGACGAUAAUCGUGUUCUAUUGUGUUCGUAUAAUUUUUAAUAUCCACAAUAAUAUGUAUCUACCAUUAUUAUGUAUAAUAUGGCGUAUUAUAAUCGUUUCCCAGUGAAUAUCGUUAAAUCUGAUGUGUAUCUAUACCGAAAAUAAUCGUUGUAUAUCAUAUUUUGAUGUAUCGCGUUUGCGAAAUAGUGUAGAAUUUUUUUUUUUUUUUUUUUGAUGAAAACUACCCAUCCAUUAACAUUCGAAACAACUUAUAAAAAAUAUAUAAUCUAAUAUUAUUAUGCCCGGAAAAUUAUAUUCAUAUGUAAUACACUGGUAAUGAGGGCGAAAGGUUAUACAUUUAUAAUUUGAUUUGUACUUUAAAACUAAAAUUAAUAUUUAUUAAUCCAUGCACUAUAAUAUUAUCUAGGGGACUAUACACGUUCGUGGUUAAUAAAGUUUAAUUAUUGUUGAAAAAUUAAUAAUGUUAAAUGUUCAGUAUUCGGUGCUAAUACUGUUAUUAACAAAUGAAAUUCCAAUGUUGUUUUAUGGAAAAGAAUGCCCGUUGGUUUUUUAGAAUUGACAUAUUUUAUGCAGGUAUGUAUUGAAAAAAACGUCUCCAAUCAUUAUUCGUCUGAACGAUGAUAUCCAUAUCCAUAUAUUAUAAGGAGAUUCUAUUAGGGAAAAAUAUAUAAUACACGCUCUCCUCUCGGUAAUCCUAAACAAAUAUUUUACUAUGUACUCCAAUGUAAUUUCGAAAACAAACAAUUUACCUAUACAUACGUUCAUUUUGAAACGUAUACCGUUCCAUACAUUAGGUACAUCCCAACUGUAAUGCAAUAUUCUGUUAAUGCAUAUAUAGGUACCUACAACAUUUGACCUUUUCUUUAAUACUAUUUGCGUAACAAACAUCUUAAAUUUUAAGUUUAUAACAAUAUAUUUUACGUGGCAAUUUCCAUUUCUAUAUUUCAACGCCGUUGUUAUUCGCGAAAUAAUAAUAAUUAUUCAUUUUUUCAUCGUAUCGUUAUUAUUUUAAUAAAAUUCCUUUAAUACGCUAAUACAUAAAUCCGAGGUUUCGAAAUAAUAAAACAAUUUUUAUUCGUGUUUAAUAGUAUUAUCUACUAUAAGUACAGUAUAACCCGAAUGACGUAAUAACACAAUUUUUUUUAAAAUUUAUUCGUAAUGAUUGACUACAAUUGACUGUAAUUGAUUACAAUUCCGAGUAUCUUUCCAUAAAAUAGAAUUCAUGACGUCAUUGAUAUUAUUAUAUAAACAUGAAAUAAUAUGUAAUGUUGACGGAACUAUAUAUAACAUUGUUGAGACACCCGGAAUUAAGGAUAUUCGAAUUUCUUAUUCUUCGACUGCGGCAGGUAAAUUUACAAUUAUUUUGAAAAACAAUUGUUAAUUUUAGCACUUGAACGCAUUUGAAUAGAAAAUGAAAAAAUAAAAUGUUGGUUUUUUAUAUUAUGAUAAAAAGUGAAACUGAACAGCUACGAUUACAAUAUUAUAUUGAUGGAUUUGUUUUUAUUUACGUGGUAUAUAUACCUACAAUAAUUAAUCUUAAACAUUAUAUUUAUUUCCAGGAAAAUUCAAAGCCAAAUGAUAUCGGCAAGUUUGGAGACAAAAAGAAGUGGAUUAACGAUCCAAAUAGUAAGUAUCAAUAUUAAUUAUGUUUGCUUUUCCAGUCCUCCAGAACGUUCCAUUUGCGGAUGUGGUUAAAAGGACAGUUUUGCAUAAUACUGUACCUGCAUAAUAUAUUAUGUACUAUAUAGGGUGUUCGAACGUUUUAAAAUUUGCAUUUUAAUAGUGUUGUGACAGAAGAAUUAUUACAUUUGUUCCGAAAAUAAUCUCCAGAGUGCAAUAAAAAGCAUUUUACGACUGUACACGUAAAUGGGAUGUAUGCCAUUUUCUUAUACGAUGGAAUUAAAACUGGAAGAGCAUUUCAUAAGACCGAAGUACUUGUGGGUCUUCAUAACCUAAAACUUAAAAGUCUUCUUAUAGCUAGUCGGGUUUCGAGUUUGUGUAUAUAUGUCUUAUAGCUAGGGUGUCACUGGGUGUGGCGCAUUAUCGGUACCUAAGGUACAGUAUAUACCUACCUAAUACUUCAUUUUUUUUUUUCUAAACAUCAUUUUUAUAUUAAAAAAAAAAGUGGGCGCGGUUCUAAUAAUAUGUCUUCCGUAUUUGACAGGUUAAAGAGCUAACCGUGUGUAUAGCUAACCUACCGAAAACGCUUAUAUAUACUUCAAUUGUCGGGUAUCGACCAGGUUUGUGUUUGUAUAUUAAGAAGGGACUAUGGGUACACACAAGUGGUGUAGAUAAUACAUCUAAAAUAUUAAUAUUCAUUACACGUACCUAUUGUGUUUUCUAUUAAAUUUUGGAAAUGUUAAUGGUCCCUUCCUAUUUUCAUAAAUAUUCUAUCAAAAUUCGUUUGGGUAGGUAGGUAUUGUAUUUUCAGCAUAUACCUAAAGUACUUUUAUAAAGUAUGUAGGUAGGUAGAAGGUCGAUUUUUAUGAUGAUGCAAUUUUGAAUUUCGUUUAUAUUUUGAAAUGCAUAACAAUUUCUAAUAAAUAUUGAAGUUGUAAAAUUAUUGUAAUCGUCUGUAUACAUCAUAAAGAUUUACAUAUUGUUUACAAUUUAAAUAUUUCACAGCGCUAAAGUUUUAAAGCAUAAUUCAAAUAUUAAUUGUUUGUAACAAAUAUUUUUAUACAAUUUUCAACUUUGAAUGUAAAUUAUUAAAAACUAUAAUAAAUAAUAUAAUUAUUGUAUUAUUCAUAACAUUUGUUAUUUAAACAAAAGUUAAGUAUAGUUUUUAUUUUAAUAUUAAGAAUUCUUCCACACCGUAAAUACUAAAUAAAUAUAUGUACAUAUAUUUUUUUUAAAUAAAAAAGGGUGUGUUUUUCGAUAUUUAAAAAAUGAAUCUAUCGACAAAAAUACGGUUUUAUAAUUUUUUUCAUUUCUGAUAUAUAUAGUAGAUAACAAUAAUAAAAGAAGCCCAGCAGUCGAACUUUUUAAAAUAAUUUUUUUGAAUAAUUUAUAAAUGUGUUUGUAUUUUGUUAUAUUAUAAACGAAGGGAAGAGUGUUGGUUUUACCUUGUUUUUAUUUCUGUUUGUAAACAACAUUUCUGUUGUUCUGAGAUUCAUUAUAAGUUGUACAUAAUGAUAAAAAAAAAAAGCUAAACAUGUUAUAGUAAUUUUUGUUUAUAUCGUUUAAAGUUUAAAGUUGUAUGAACAUUGUAAAAAUAACUGCAUUUCAAAAAUUGUUUAACCGAACUUCACUCUUUUUUCGUUUUUCAUUAGGUAGCUUGAUUUAUCAUUACAUACCUAAAUAAAUAAUUAAAUUUACUCUAUUUAUUCUACCUUCUCAACUUCCCUCCCACCCAUAACAGCGGUACACCUAUCAGCAUUAUCAGCCUUUUUUUUCCUAUUUCACUAAAUAUUUGUGUUUAAUUUCAGGUGACCUGUGCACACCGCUACGAUGCAAGAAAAAAGAAUUGUGUUUAUUAGAAGACGCAUACACCGCAGUGUGUGUAAGUAAAAAAGAAAUCCAUAAGAAUGGAGAUGUGGUCAUUAGUCGAGAGAAAUUUAUGGCCGAAGAAGCAGCUCGUAAAAAGGCUCUAGAUGAGGCUUUAGCUGAAGAUGAGGAUGAUGAUGAUGAUGACGAUGACAUCGAAGAAGACGAAGAAGAUGAUGAUGAUAUAUUUUACGAUAGCGGCAUUAGUAGUUCGUUGUCAUCAAAUAAGUAAAUAAAUUUAUUUUUUUUCUAUAAUGCAAUAUAACUGAUAAACAGUAGAACCUAAAUUAAUGCACCUUGUAAUCUUAAUUUUAUUUAUAAUCAAAUCUAGUUAACCAGUAAAUCUAUUAACAUAUAUUUAUUUUUAUGUAUAAUAUUUACUUCUAUUUGGAUUUGGAAGGGGAGUGUAAUAACGUUUUAUAAACUAGGUAACAAUAUGAGUCAUUGACCUAAAUCCAAUUCUAAUGUAACAUUCAAAUUUUUGUAUAUUUAUAUGGUGGAAACUUGUGUCUGCGUCUAAAAAUUGAAUGACGGUUCUACAUGUAUUAUAUUUUCUUAAUUAAACUCAUUUUAGAUCUUAAUAUCUAAUUAUACCUUCAUAAAUCUAUUGGUAAUAAAUAUUUAUUAAAAUAUUAAAUAAUUGCAUAGAUAUUCAAAUUUUUUUUUCUCACAACAAGAAAGUUAUUUUUCAAAUAUAUCAUUUAGAAUCACUAUGUGUAUAACCUUUUUUAUUUUUCAUAAAUAGUUGAAUACAACACAUAAUUUGGCCAAUACCAUAUAUAUAAACUUGUAUAAUAUAAUGUUUACCUAAUAAAAUGGUUAUGUUUUAAUGAUAUAUUGUGGGUUGAUCAUUUUAUAUUGGAUCAUCCCACAUUGAAUAGUUUCACAACUUUCUCGCAUUAAAAAAAUAGGAAGACAACAAUUGAGUUUCAUUUAAAUAAAAUAUUUCUUUUGAAAUUCUUUUCAGAUAUAUGAAUAAAAUUAUUUAAUAGUUAAUAAAAUUAAUCAAAUUGUUACAGUAAUAAACAUAGAAGAUAUUUUUACUCUAUUACUUUUAGUAUUUUGUUUGACAAUCAUUUUAUGAAUAUGGAAAUAUGUAUUUUCAAUUUAAUAUUUUUAAUAUUCUAUUAGGAUUUAAGAGACAAGCAAUUAUUUAAUAAUUAAAUUCAUUGUGAUCAGUUCAUAUGUUGAAUGUUGUUAAGACUAAUGGUACCUAUUUAAUGACUACCUUUAUAAUUUUGAUGAUACUAAUGCAAUUUAAAUUUACAGUAGGUGCAAUCCAUGCCCUGUAAUGAAACCUACAUUCUUAUGUGGUUCUGACAACCGUACUUAUAGCUCGCUAUGCCGUUUAGAUUAUCAUAAUUGUCUUCACACAACCAACAUAAAAGUAAACUGCAAAGGAUUCUGUCCGUGCAAAGGUAUCUAAAAUAAACAAAUACUCUAAAUAGAUUACAUUCAUAAACCGUUCCUUAAAAAUAUUAUUAUGAUUUUUAACUAUUUUUUCUUUUAGAGCAAGAAGAUGUUGAACGAAAAAAACAAAAACAAGCUGAACGUAUGACAAACUUUAUGAACAAAUAUAAAGCAACACUGGAAAGUGAGAAGUUGAAACAGAGUACUGCUGCUCCGGUAUCCAAAUAUGAAGAAAAAUACAUUUUUGCACCAGAAGAUUUCAAGUAUGAGAACAAACACUACAAAUAUAUUAAGUACAUCAAAAAUAAUAACCAGAUAUCCAAGGUUAGUAAAUUAAGUUAUUUAAAAAAAAUUACUCUAAUAUGCAUAUUAACUUUACUUAUAGAAUUCUAUUGUGGAACCAAUAAAAGAUAAACGUCAUGAAAAUAUAGAUAAUGAAAUAAUUGCAACAAACCAAGUAUCUCAUCCUUCUUGGAAUAAGGACUGUCCGCCAUCUGCAUUGCACUCAAUGGGUGAUCGCUUAUUGGAUUGGUUUUCAGUAAUCAUGGCUGAUGCCAAACGUAGGCGUACAAAGAAUAAAGGAAAAGGUAAUACGUAAUAUAGAAUCAAAUUUGAUUAAAUACAUUAUAUACUAAUUUGGGAUGGUUUGUAGCGGUUAAAUUCAUUAAUGGAUGUAAAUGGGAAGUUCGUUGGAUGUAUCAACAUCUGGACUUAGAUUCAGAUGGUAAAUUGUCAUUACAAGAACUUUAUGACUUGGAACACGACAAAAAUGAAAUGUGCAUUAAACCAUUCUUGGAUACUUGUGAUACUGACGGGUAUGGAUUUCAAAUGAUUAAUAAACCAACAAAAUUAUUAAGUUCAAUUGGUUCUGUUUUUAUUUUAGUGAUAUUUUUGUAACUCCUUAUGAAUGGUGUCAAUGUUUUGACAAAACUGAUCGUCCAUGCACAGCUAUCAAACACAGAAUAUCACCAAAUUCUUUAGGUAAAAAUUUGCUAUAUACUGCAUUAUAUUUAUUUUUGAUUCUAUUAUUUUAUUCUAUAAAUUUUAUUUUUAGGUGUAUAUGUGCCUGCUUGUGACGCUGAAGGAUAUUAUGAGCACACACAAUGUCAUUCUGCAGUUGGUAUGUGCUGGUGUGUAGAUAAACAUGGUGUAGAAGUACCAAACUCACGCGUUAGAGGAAAACCAAAUUGCUGUAAGUUUAUUAUAGGUUAAACUUACUAAAUAUAUAGCAUAUAAACACAAACUAAAAUUUGAAUAUGGUGUUAAACAUGUAGCAGCUUUAUGGUAUGGUAAUGAAGAUAAUCAAAAAAACAAAUCAAUUGACAAUGGAGUUAUAGAUAGUGACACUGAUAUGGAUGAUGAGGAUGGAGAUUCAGAAGUUGAAGGAAGUGCAGAUCAGUCAUUAGAAUUUUAAACAAAGUCAUAAUCACUGGUAAUUUAAAAUGUAUAAUAUUUAUAAUAUAAAAAUUUAAUAUAAAGAAUUUAGUUUAUAAAAGGUUUAUACUGGAGUCAAUUUUAGCUCAUGUGUUUUAGCCGUUAGCUAUAACGUAGAAUUGGUUAUAUUUUUCUAGUGUUUAUAUUGUUUAAAUUAUUUUUAAUUUAAUUUAUCUAUAAAUGUAAUGUAGAUAAAUUUAAUAAUGUAUGAUAUGUACGUAAAAAUUAGUUAUUAACUUAUUAACUACUUUGCAAUCACUUUUCAAGUUGAAUGGGAGCUCUAUUAUAAAUAUCAGCAUUUCUUUCACCUAUGUGAGAUUUACCGGCAGUAGAUAGAAAAUGGCCAGUGUCCAACAAUUGUAUCAAUAUGUCCACACAAUUGAACACUGGCCACCAGCAAUCAACAAUAGCUGAAUACACUAGUCGUGUGGGAUCAACCUUAUACUAAACAAAUGUAUAUAAUUCUAUAAAUUUGAAAGGUCUUAUUUAAAUCUGCUUGGAAGCCUUAUUGACUGAUUACUAACAUCAAUUAAAUUAAUAAAUACUUCAUUUUUACUAUAAUGAUACUGUAUAGUCAUUAAUUUUCUUCACUUAGCUGAUAAUAAUGGAAUCUAUAAAACAUAAAUAAUGCUAAUGCAAUUUCCUAAGUGUAACCUACUUUCUUUUUGUAUAUGGUUUAAGUUAAACAUGAAUAUACUUUUAAAUAUAAAUUAUGAAUUUAUGUUCUUUUUUACUUCAGAAAUAGCCAAAUCCCUUUGCAUUUUCAUUCAUUACUGUGAAUAUUUUAAUCAAAAAACUUUGUACAUAUUAUUACAAUUUAUUACAAUAUUAAAUUGUCGUACCCUUGUUAUUAAUCAAAUAAAAUAAUUAAAAUUUAUAUCAUAAUAACAUUAUACAUUUCAGAACAACUACCAAACAGUUAUAAUUAUUUUCCGAAAACAGUGAAAAGCGAACAAAAGUGUCCAAGUUCACAACUAUCAAAACCUUUAGUUAUAAGGCAACUUUUAGAUACAAUGCUUUUUUUUUUUUACAAACUACAUAUUUAUUAGUAUUAUAGAUUAGGUUUUAUGCUGUGUAUGUGUUCUAAAAUUAACAAUAAAAAACUUACUUAACUCAAUAGGAUUAACAAUAUGUGUACUCAAAAGUAUUUUACAUAUUAUUAUACAUAAGACAUUAUUAAUAACUACCCUAGUAAAUGUGCGGUUGUGUGUAUAUCCAAUUGUUUUAUUAAUGUAUUUAAAAAAAAAAAAUAUAUAUCGAUAGAUAACGGAUUAAUUUUAUUCCUCCUCCCCUCCUACCUCGUGCCAUUUGAUUUCUACUAAACCCUAUCCACUAAUAUGUUAUAUACUUACAUUAAGUAGGUUAUUAUAUUAAUUAUAUUUGUUUUUUUUUUUAAUAUAUAUACAGUAUAUUUAUAAUUUAUAUUUUCAUUUGUAUGAUUUAUAAAUAAAAUAGUGUAUUGCACUUUAAUCUUACGGUUUUUUUUUUGUAUGUUUUGUAAGCAGAAUAUGCAAAUUAAUCCUGUAAUUUAACAACACCGUAAUCAUUAUACAUAAGGACAUUUUUGUUUUUUUUUUUUUCUUCGUAGAUAGCAAUAUUAUAGUAUUAUUAUUUAUAGCAAUGGACGAGCAAUAGAUUACAUAAAUAAUACAAUAAUUUUUGUUGUUUCUCAUAUUAAAAUACUCAUUACUUAAUAUGUAUUUGUGUCCCACAAUACAAAUAUUAUUACUAAUAGUUAGUUAAUUUGUGAAAAUUCAUCAUUCUAGUUAGAUAAUAAUUUUAGUGAUAUUUUUGUCCAUUUAUAAUUACUAAGAAUAUCUAUUACUAUGAAAUACAAAAUAUUGUACUAUUCACAUUCGCAUAUUUGCCGUCCAUGAUUUUUAUUUGUGUUCUUAUUAUAAUUUUUUUUAUUUAUUAUUUUUUUUUUUUUUGUUACCAAUAAUGUAUGAUUCAGAUUUUGUAUUGAUUAUAAUAUUCUUAUUAAUGUCUGAUUAAAGGAUUCACACUGAACCGACAUUCACAGGCUAGUACUAGGGUCCAUAAAUCCUUACCAAACAUUUCAGGGAAAAUUCACAUUUUUUUCACUUUUCACUGACAAUUAUAAUUAACAACACUUCAGUUAACUAUGUAUGAGUAGUUUCUCCUGAAUUGUUUAUUUUAAAAUAAUGUUUUUAAGCACUUGUCCAUCAAACCAUGGUGGCUAUUGCUAUAGAUGAUUCUAACAAAAACACAAUUUAUAUUUUGGAUUAUUUGAUAAAUUGAGUAUGAAUUUUGUUUAUGCGUCUCUUUUGAAGAUAAUGAAGACAAAUUUUGUAAUUAAGCCUCAAUUACAUUGGGAAAAUUCACUAAUACACUACUCGUUAUUAAAUUUACUUACUCGUGAUACUGCAGAAAUAUAGUACAUUCCAUAUAUUAUUUAAAAUACAACAAAUUAAUGAUGACCCUGCAGAUUAACCAAUUAAAUUAUAACACUAAAACAAACAUUUUUGUAUUGUCACAAUAUGUAUGAAUAUGUCUGAUUGAGCGAACGAGUUCAAAUGUAAUCAGACAAAUUGCUACAUAAUCACUUGCACACAACUUUUUUCACUGACAAGUGGCAAAUAAAUUUAUCCAAUAUAUUCCAGGAUUUACUUUAGAAUAUCUUUGUGUUAGAUUAAUAUUUUUGUAAAUUACAUCAAUCUAUAUUCUUUUUUGGUUAAUAAACGUCAUACCCCAUUAACAUAAAUCUUGCUGACAUCAACAGACAUGACACACUGACAAAGCAUUGUUUUAUAGAACGUUUGACCCAGGUAGUGUGUGUGUGUGGUGUUGGUAUGUUUGAUAUAAAUCAGAACAUAAAUUAAUAACUGAAUGAUAAUUUGUUGGUUUGGUGCAGGUCCAGUACUGAUUUAAAAAUGUCAGUUCAGUGUGAAUAAUCUCCUAAUACAAAAAAUGUAUUUAUCUAAUAAGAUUUUCCACUAAAGAUUUAAAAAGAAUGAUUUGUACUAAAUCUUUUAAUAAUUACAAUGUUGAAUCUUUUUGUUACUCAAAAGUUUAAUUAGGUCCAUUUCUGCCAUUAUAGAUGACUUGUUGUUGUAUAGUUGUUUAGAGUUGUGUUUAUUAUUGACUUUCUUAUUUUCCCACAUCACACCAGUGGGUUUUAAUUUUAUAAUUUUGAUUAUGAUUUAUUAUUAUUAUUAUUAUUAUUAUUAUUAUUACUAUUAUUAAUUAUUAUUAUGUUUAUUAGGUAAUAUUAUUUAUUGUAACUUAACAUUAUACAUGAUUCGGUACUAGCUAACAUGAGAUCAUUUUACUAUUAUCG